AUGAUCUGUAAGAGAUAUGAUGACAAUGAUGAUGAUGAUUAUGAUGAUGAUGAUGAUGAAAAUAAUAAUGGUUAUGAUGAUAACGGUAAUGAUGAUGAUGAUAUCGAUGAUGAUGAUGACGAUAAUGAUGAAUACGAUGACGAUGACGAUGACGUCGUCGAUUACGAUGACGAUGGUUAUGAUGAUGACAAUAACGAUGAUGGUGAUUAUGAUGACGAUGACGAUGACGAUGAUGAUGAUAAUGACUAUAACGAUGAUAGUAAAGAUGAUGACAAUAACGUCGACGACGAUGACUAUGACAAUAACGAAGAUGAAGAUGACGAUGAUAAUAAUGACGAUGAUGAUAAUUACGAUGAUAACAAUAACGAUGACGACGACGAUGACGAUGACGAUGAUGGUGAUUAUGAUGAUAAUUACGAUGACGAUGACGAUGAAGAUGAUGAUGACAAUAACUACAACGAUAAAGAUUAUGAUGACGUUGAGGACGAUGACGAUGAUGAUGACAAUGACGAUGACUAUUAUGAUGUUGAUGACUAUAAUGAUGAUGAUACUGACGAUGGCGUCAAUGACGACGAUGAUGAUGAUGACUAUGAUGAAGACGAUGAUGAUGACGAUGAUGUCGACGAUGUUAAUGACGUUUACGAUAAGGAUAAUGAUGACGAUAACAGUGACGGUGACGAUUACGAUGAUGAUGGCAAUGAUGAUGAUUAUGAUGAUGAUAAUAUCGAAGAUGGUGAUAAUGAUGUCGAUGACGUUGACGAUGAUGAUGAAAAUAACGAUGAUGAUGAUGAUGACGAUGAUAAUAAUGACGAUGAUGAUAAUUACGAUGAUAACAAUAACGAUGACGAUGACGAUGACGAUGACGAUGAUGAUUAG